AUGAAGACCAGUCUCCAGAGCUGCCAUCAUCCUGUGCAAGAACCUGGUAAGAGAUAUGGUGGUAAGAUAUAUGGUGGGAAGGGAUAUGGUGGGAAGGGAUAUGGUGGUAAGAUAUAUGGUGGGAAGGGAUAUGGUGGUAAGAGAUAUGGUGGGAAGGGAUAUGGUGGUAAGAGAUAUGGUGGGAAGGGAUAUGGUGGUAAGAGAUAUGGUGGGAAGGGAUAUGGUGGUAAGAGAUAUGGUGGGAACGGAUAUGGUGGGAAGGGAUAUGGUGGUAAGAGAUAUGGUGGGAAGGGAUAUGGUGGUAAGAGAUAUGGUGGGAAGGGAUAUGGUGGGAAGGGAUAUGGUGGGAAGGGAUACGGUGGGAAGGGAUAUGGUGGUAAGAGAUAUGGUGGGAAGGGAUAUGGUGGGAAGAGAUAUGGUGGGAAGGGAUAUGGUGGGAAGGGAUAUGGUGGGAAGGGAUAUGGUGGGAAGAGAUAUGGUGGGAAAGGAUAUGGUGGGAAGGGAUAUGGUGGGAAGGGAUAUGGUGGGAAGAGAUAUGGUGGGAAGGGAUAUGGUGGGAAGGGAUAUGGUGGGAAGAGAUAUGGUGGGAAGGGAUAUGGUGGGAAGAGAUAUGGUGGGAAGGGAUAUGGUGGGAAGAGAUAUGGUGGGAAGGGAUAUGGUGGGAAGGGAUAUGGUGGCACCAACAUCACCACCUUAGGGCUUUCAUCAAUACACCAGUGA